GUUCUCUUGUCAAGACAUCCUUCAACCUGCUGCUGCACGAGCGACUUGAAUCUGAUCAUCAUAAAACGAGAUGGCGUCAGCUCUUCCUCUCGUUGUGCUCCUCUGUUUGGCCGUGUCUGCUGCUGCAGUCUGUCGUCCAGGCUGGACUCGGUUUGGGUCACGCAGUUUCAUCGUUCAAUGCAGAAAACUGACGGCGGCUGAUGCAGAGCUCAACUGCAUCCGCCGUGGUGGGAACCUGGCCUCAAUCCACAACAUCCGUUAUCACAACUGGAUCAGGGGAUUGGUCAGAAGAACCUGUGGCUCCAAUGAAUUCACCUGGAUCGGGCUGUCUGAUGCAAUUCAGGAGGGAAAGUGGCUGUGGACUGAUGGGUCGAAGUUUGUCUUCAGUCGCUGGGGUCGCGGGGAGCCCAACAACCAGGGUGGUAAAGAACACUGUACCCACAUCAACUUCAGAGAGGACUAUUGGAAUGACGUACCCUGUAAUCUCAGGUAUCCUUCUGUUUGUGUGAGGAGACGUUGAUGCCUCCGUCCUCCAUCUGCCCUCCUGUGUACCGACAUGAUGCCACUUCCACCAUGACGACGUUACUUUGUCUUUGAUGUUACACUUAAAUAAGAGCAACUUUCUCUGAUGAUUCACUUUUCAUUUAAUUCUUCAAUCAAAAUCCAGCAUAGGAAAUUGCCUCAUUAAACUAUGAUUCAACAUUUUUGAUUUUUUUCUCUUUUACUGUCAUAUAUUCACUAUCUUUCAUUUCAAUCACAAUCAGUACAAAAAAAUAAAAAUAUACAGAAAUAAAAAUAUUCUUUAAGCAUAA